AUAACUAUUUUUUUUAAAAAAAUUUAUAACAUAAAAAUGACUUUUUUUUAUAGUUAUAUAACACCAAAUAUAUUCUUAGCCGGAAAAUGUAUGUGAAAUGACGAACAAAAUGUGAAAUCAUGAAAUGAAAAACAUAAAACCCAACUACUUUUAUUGACGGACUGAAAGUUUAUUAGGCUAGAGCAUUUUUUUCGUUUUCCCAUCAAUUAGUCAUAACUCCUAUUAAGUCUUUUGUCUCUAUAAAUAGGACGAGACAGCCUCUGAAGAAUUCAUGAACAUAGAACAACAUUUACAGUAAAAUAUUACUAUUUUGGUAUAUAGUUUGAGCUUGUGUUUUCAGAAAAAAAAUAAAAAAUAUAUCGAUGGAUUUAAUAUUGGCAUCGAAAAAAGCUGACAAAACUAUAGUUGAAGUUGAAGGAGUUGGUGGAUACUACACAUGGUCAAGAAAGUUUCCUGUUCUUAGCCAGAAAAAACUUGCUGCUGGAUUAUUAGUUCUUCAGCCUCGUGGAUUUGCUUUACCUCACUAUGCUGAUUCCUCAAAAAUUGCUUAUGUUAUUGAAGGUGAAUGCAUUGCUGGACUAAUAUCACCAGAAGAUUCAAAAGAAGAAGUUAUAAAAAUACAAAAAGGGGAUUCUGUACCAGUUCCAAUAGGAGCAACGUCAUGGUGGUACAAUGGAGGUGACACUAGACUGUCAAUAAUUUUUUUGGGAGAAUCUGGUGAAUACACACCUGGUGAAUUUUGCUAUUUCUUUUUAACUGGAGCUGCUGGUAUUCUAAAUGGAUUCUCUAAUGAGUUACUUGCUCAAACUUUUCACAUGACCAAAACGGAAUCUGAAAAACUUAAAAAAGACCAAAGUAGUUUAAAUAUCAUAAUAAAGAUAAGUGAAGGUAUAAAAACUCCAGACCCAUGCAACAGUGGGAUACACAAGUUGGUUUUCAACUUGGAUGGUGCAAAGCCUAGUGUUGAGAUGAAAAAUGGUGGACUUUUAACUUCGGUAAGUGUUAGGGAUUUACCAUUGCUUGGAGACAUUGGAUUAAGCGCGAAUCGCGUAGUUUUGGAAGGUGGUGGCAUGCUUGGUCCGCUUUUUACAGCAGAUUCGUCAGUUCAUUUGAGUUAUGUGACGAAAGGAAGUGGCCGUGUUGUAAUUGUUGGACUAUUUGGUAAGGUUGUGUUGGACACUAAAGUGGAUGAAGGUGACUUGUUCUUUGUACCAAAAUUCUUUCCAUUUGUUGUUGAAGCUGAUGAAGGAGGAAUUGAAUUCUUCUCUGUGAAAACAUCGUCAAAGCAAAUAUAUGGAGCACUAUCUGGUGGGCCAAAGUCUGUUUUUGUAGCAGAAUCUCCAUCAAUUUUAGAGGCCUCUCUAAAUAUGACUCCAGAUUUUACCAAGUCCUUCAAGUCCAAGAUUGCAAAGGGUGCAGUCAUUGCCCCACCUUAAGUAAUAAAUUGUUCCAAUAGUUACUUGUUAGACAUUGAUAUACACAUAUGUUUAACAAGUGUAUAGCAAUAAUAUGAUAUGUAAUAAUUCUAUGUUUGAAAAAAUAAGAUCGAUGACGAAGGAGUAGAUAUGCACUAGUCCUACUUCAGUUAUUCCAAGAUUAUUGUACAGUUUUUUCUGAUUGUCGGGGUCUAUCGAAAACAACCUCUUUAUUUUAUCUGAGGUUGGUAUGGACGGCUUAUAUUUUGUCCACUCUAGAUCCUACUUUGUGAGAAUACACUGGAUAUGUUGUCAUUGUUGUUGUCGUAAGCUUAUAUGUUGUUGUGUGCGGUGUGCUGGUAUGUGUAUAUGUAUGGUUUUUAAUUCUUAAGAAUAAAAGGAAAAUGAAUUUGGUA